GGGGGAGGGGGUUGCGGGUAGGGAUCCAUAAUGUCGGGAGAAGAAGAUCCCGCCGGGGAACCUGGAGCCCUCGAGUGCCCGGUGAGGGCUGCCAUCGACCGUCUCUGUCAGGACCUCAACUUGGACGCCAACAGCGCCGCUGAGGCCCUGCGGGACUUCACGGCGUUGCGAGGCACCUACAGCCUAGAGGGAGAAACUAUACAUUGGCUGGCUUGUGCUCUUUAUGUUGCUUGCCGUAAGAGUAUAAUCCCCACUGUAGGAAGUGGACUAAUGGAAGGAAAUUGUGUCUCCUUGACAAGAAUACUGCGUUCAGCAAAGCUAAGUUUAAUUCAGUUUUUUAGUAAAAUGAAAAAAUGGAUGGACAUGUCAAACCUAUCCCAGGAGUUUAGAGUGAGAGUGGAGAGGCUGGAGAGAAACUUUGAAGUGUCCACAGUGAUUUUCAAGAAAUUCAAACCAAUUUUUUUGGAUAUAUUUCAAAAUCCUUAUGAAGAACAACCAAAGCUUCAGAGAAGCAGGAAACAAAGGCGAGUACCUUGCGGCAUUAAAGAUUUAUUCAACUUCUGCUGGACACUGUUUGUUUACACAAAGGGUAAUUUCAGCAUGAUUGGAGAUGAUUUAGUAAAUUCCUACCAUUUGCUUCUCAGCUGCUUGGACCUAAUUUUUGCAAAUGUGCUUCUGUGCCCAAAUAAAAAAGAUUUAUUGAAUUCAUCUUUUAAAGGUUUGCCAGCAAACUUCCAUGCUGCUGACUUCCAUGCCUCUGAAGAACCUCCAUGCAUUAUUGCUACACUCUGUGAAUUACAUGAUGGCCUUUUAGUUGAAGCCAAGGGCAUAAAGGAACAUUAUUUUAAACCAUAUAUCUCAAAACUCUAUGAUAGAAAGAUUUUAAAAGGUGAUUGUCUGUUGGAUCUUAACAACUUUGUAGAUAACAACAAAGCACUGAAUAAGGAAUAUGAAGAAUAUGUUCUGACAGUAGGUGAUUUUGAUGAGAGAGUUUUCUUGGGAGCAGAUGCAGAAGAGGAAAUUGGAACUCCUCAAAAGUUUCAUACUGAAGUAUCAGGGGGGAAGAUAACAAGAAUUCAUGUGGAGUGCCAUCUUCAACAGCAUUUUGAGAAGGAAAGAUCUUUUGCACCUUCCACUCCCUUGACUGGCAGAAGAUACCUGAGAGAGAAGGAAGCAGUAAUUACUCCAGUUGCUUCUGCAACACAAAGUGUAAGCCGGCUACAAAGCAUUGUAGCAGGGCUAAAAAAUGCACCAAGUGAACAGCUUCUAGCUACUUUUGAAUCUUGUGUACGCAACCCAGUUGAAACCAUCACAAACAGAGUAAGAGAGAUUGGCGAAGCUUUCUGCCAGUGCUACACUCGGUCGACUGAUGACCAGCCCGGAUCACACAUAGAUUUUGCUGUAAACCGAUUUAAAUUGGCAGAAAUUCUGUAUUAUAAAAUUUUGGAGACCAUAAUGAUACAGGAAAUGCGAAGGUUGCAUGGGAAAGACAUGACCGCUCUUUUAGAACAGGACAUUUUCCAUCGUUCCCUGCUGGCAUGUUGUUUGGAGAUUGUGCUGUUUGCAUAUAGUUCACCACGAACGUUCCCAUGGAUCAUUGAAGUUCUUAACCUCAGACCGUUCUAUUUUUAUAAGGUGAUUGAAGUCUUCAUUCGGUCAGAAGAAGGUCUCUCUAGAGAUAUGGUGAAACAUCUCAACAGCAUUGAGGAAAAGAUUCUUGAAAGCUUAGCCUGGACAAAAGAUUCUGCACUUUGGGAGGCACUCCAAGCAUCAGAAAACAAGGUUCCCACCUGUGAAGAAGUAAUAUUCCCAUGUAAUUUUGAAAUAGGAAAUGGGGGAAGAGGACUAGGACAUCUGCCUAUGAUGCCAGUGUCUCCUAUAGUGCAUCCUCGAGUAAAAGAAGUUCGGACAGAUCUUGGGGGAAAUCUUAGGCGGGAUAUGCAGCCAUUGUCUCCAAUCUCUGUUCAUGAACGCUACAGUUCUCCUGUGGCAGGAAGUGCUAAGAGAAGGUUGUUUGGAGAUGAAGGCCCCAAAGAAGCACCCACGGAAAAGAAUGUGAGUGAAGGAACUAGACUAAAAAUAGCCCCAGUUUCGAGCUUUGCUGAUGAAAAUGUGUCUGUUUUGCCAGAACAGACAGUUCUCACUAUGGCAACAGCUGCAGUACCAGGGGCAGCAGGACAGACAAUGACAAUCCCACUGCAUGGUAUUGCAAAUAAUACUGGAGGGAUCACUCUCAUACCCAUUUCAGUCAGCUUGCCUCAAGAAUCUAAAGGGGAUGGCCAUGGACAAGUGCCUCUCACUGCUCAAGCCUUAGUCAGCGUGUCCCCAACUCAUCCUCAUGUGAUACAAGCACAUCAGGCAGCAGGAAGCAAGCCAAAGAAAACUGGAUCCUUGGCACUGUUUUUCAGAAAGGUAUAUCAUCUGGCAAGUGUGCGCUUGCGUGAUUUGUGCUUAAGACUGGAUGUUUCCAAUGAUUUGCGGAGAAAAAUGUGGACAUGUUUUGAAUUCACGUUGGUUAAUUGCACAGAUCUAAUGAAAGACAGACACUUGGACCAGCUCCUUCUAUGUGCUUUUUAUAUCAUGGCAAAAGUGUCUAAAGAGGAAAGAACUUUUCAGGAUAUAAUUGAAAGCUAUAGAAACCAGCCACAAGCAAACAGCCAUGUCUACAGAAGUGUUUUGUUGAAAAAAGUACCCAUAGAGGUAGAUAUAAAACAAGAAGAGGUUUCAGAACAGGAUUCCCCUCAGAAGAUGAGCUUCUCACCUGUAAGGACACCAGAAAAUUCCAGAAACUUGGAAAAUGAGGAAAGAGGGCAUCUGGUAAAAUUUUACAACACCAUCUAUGUAGGAAGAGUACAGACAUUUGCUCUAAAAUAUGGAAUUUCAAAUCAGGAUAAUGUGGUGGAAGCACCUCCUCUUUCUCCCUUUCCCAGCAUUAAACAGCAGCCAGUGUCUCCUCGUCGGAUAUCCCAGCAACACUCUGUUUAUGUCUCACCACAUAAGAAUGGUGCUUCUUUGACACCUAAGACUGGACUAUUGUAUAAAUUCAAUGGGAGUCCUUCUAAGAGUUUGCAAGAAAUCAACAAUAUGAUAAAAGAAGGAGGACAGAAAACUAAGAAGAGAACAAUAUCAAUGGACAGUGAUACAGAGUCACCAGCUAAGAGACUGUGCCAGGAAAAUGAUGAUGUCUUACUUAAACGCCUUCAGGAUGUUGUCAGUGAAAGAGCAAAUCAUUAAGUCAGCUGUUGAGGUCUAAGCUUUUAGUGACAGUCUCUUGCAGAACAAAAUCCCUUUCAGUUUUUUUCUUUCUUUCCCUCAUGGUAGGUAAACAAUAUUAAAAGUAAUGUUUUAAUACUUUUAAUGUUUCUAAUUCCACUAUUAAACUUUCAACAGUUACGGAACUGAUGCCAUAUAACUGAUAUUGUUUACAGCAUUGUUUUGAAGUUGGUUUCAACCUAAACUGUGAGAAGGUAUACGUUUGGAAACAAGCUAGUGGCUUUUGAUGCUUGUAUUUAAAGUUUAAGAGCCAAUUCCUACUAAAAGGCUGAAAAUGAUCAGGUUGCAAUAAUGCAAUGUUAAGAAAGCACUAAUUGGUUAUACCUUGGUACAGUUCUCUUUGUGUAAGUUUCACUUCAAAAUACUGGGCUUUAUUCUUUAAAAGAAAACAGUUUCCCUCGGUACAUUAUUUUAAUGUAAACUGAGAUUGGAAGAUCUGGUAUAUUUAGUAAUGAAUAUAGUAAAGUCAGAUGCCUUUCACUCCCUACUUUUCUGUGGACAGAGAAACUUUUAAUCAGAUGUUUCCAUAGCAUUUUAAUUUAAGCUAUGUAUAUAAUUGUAAAAUGCUGUGCUCUUAACUACUGGUAGCAUGGCAACAAAUUCUGUGGUAUGAACUAAAUGAGGGUUUGGGAUUAUAGUUUUGGGAUUGUUCAGGGUUUUUUUCCAGUUUGGAAGAAAUUAAUAUUGUAGAGGUAAAAGUGGUAUGCAGUGGUCUGUCAUAGCCCAUAUUGGGAGAAUUUGUAUUCUCUUGCUACCUCAUUUUGAGUUUGCUUUCCUCUACAAGUAAGUAGUCCUGCUUUUGGAUGGAAGCAUUCCUUGUAACUCCCAAGUUAAUUCUGCUGCAGCAUUACAAAUUAUGAAAAGCAUGUAGCUCAUAACUUGUUCACCUUUUACUAAUUUGGUUAGUGUGAUUGCUGAUACUUGGAACUUAGAUGCAUACUGCAGCUGCUGUUGUAGGAAGAAGCCAGCUCUCUUUAGAAUCUCAAAUGUAUGCCCCCAAGUUUCCCAUGGAUAUAGAUGUAGGUAGAAUGCUAAUCUGAUUAUAGAGCAGAAAAGAGCAAGAGUCUCGUAGCACUUUAAAUAUUAACAAAAUUUGUGGCAUGGAAUGAGCUUUCAUGAGUCAUUGCUCUGUAUCUGAAAAAGUGAGCAGUGACUCAGGAAAGCUUGUACCCUGCCACAAAUUUAGUCAGUCUUUUAGGUGUUUUAUAUUCCCCAAGUAUCCCAGCAGACAGAGGAGAUUGGAGUGGUGUGAAGAGUCAGUUAACUGCUACUUCUGCUCUCUGAAGGACAAGGAUAAGGAAAUGACUUUGUCCUUCAAUAUCCUAAGGCUAUUUAUCAUUUUUAUUCCUGGGAAAGGAGACUGAGGGAUGAUCUACCACUUCUCUGCCCGCAGGGAUAGUUGCAGGAAGAAUCCUUUGGGAGUCUAAAAAGAGCAAGCUGCUUUCCCUAUGUAUACUGUAAUGGAUAGCCAGACUUUUACAUUCCUAUAAAUAGAUUUUUUUCUGAAAAGCAUCCAUUCAUUUGUGUAGUAUCUACACAAAAUGUAAGCCUUAUCAAAUUAGAUAAGCUUGUAUGUAAAAUUAUGUCGCUAUUAGGGGUUUUGACCUAUAUUCUGUCAUUGGCAGUGGUUAUCAAGCCAGUGUUCAACUCUUAUUUUUGAACUGUUUGUAAAGAUUAGGAAUAUUUUAUCUGGAAUGUUUAAUCAUUUGUGCACAGGACUGCUGUCUCUCAUUUUGUUCAUUACUUAGGUCUAUUCAAAGUAAAUGCCAUAAUAUUAUACUGUAUUUUCUGUUGACUUGUUCAUGUAGUUGUAGGUCAUGGUCUGGAUCCUACCAUUUUUUACACUGCCACUGGAGUAUUCCUCUGGUUUAAGAAGCUGCCUGCUGGUGCUAUGACUUCUUCUGGCACCAGAAGGCACCACAAGGUCUUGUAUCACCACACAACAAGAAAAAAAUGGUGGAAUCAUAUUUAUCAGACUUUUUUCCAUAAGCAUCCAUUCAGUUGUAAUUUCUUUUUAUCUUUAAUCAAUAUUGCAAUAUUUGACUUAAUCUAGAAGUUAUAAUAGUCAAACAUAUUACACUGUCAUUAGGAGAGUGGCUUCCAGGGAAAAUGAAGCUAAAAAACAGUUGAUGCUACACAAUAAAGCACCAGUCCAUUUGUGUUUCAUUAAUGUACAGAUUUCCCUUUCAUAGCUAAUAUUUCAGGAUCUAAAUACAUUCAGCUUCUGUAGAAUACAAUAGCCCUUGGUGAUGGCUUUGAAAAAAUAUGCAUUUUGCUUCCUAAAGUAAAAUUGUACAAUAUAACAAAACAUACACCAAACUUAAUGCCGUUUCAGCCAUAAAUCUGGUAGUUCUAAAUGUGUUUUUCUGUAAUCAGUUGAUCUUAAUUUCUCACGUGAAUUUAUCUGGCCUAUAAUAUAAGCAUCUGUUAUUCUCAGAUCUUGUAUUAAAAGGCUCAGAUUUAAAUUCUUAUUAAUCAUUAUUUUAUGGUUUCUACUAAUUACACUUUUACUGCUGUACUUUCUAGAAAUUGUUUUUAUAAAACUUCAUGCUUUGGAAACAUGCUUGUAAAUAUAAAUCUUAAAAUAAACAAAAUUCUGACUUAAUCUGA